GGGGUAUGGGAAUUUGGGAAAUGGAAAAAGGUAUGGGUUAUGGAGGGUUGUAGUGUUUUCAUGCCAGCUUGGAUUUCCAUCAUUUACGCAAACUGCUGUAACCGGUCAAAAUUCCCGGAACACUAAAUGAUGUGGAGCGCAGCAAGCUCAGGAAGUCCCCACGCAGCAUCGAGAGCGGUUCCGGGUAAGUGUUCGAGAGUGUUGAUGAUAACCUCAUAUGUAGCGGCCUGGUACUGUUGUAAACGUCAACCUAGAUCACCAAAACACGAGGAACAUCCAACUCACUUGCACCCGGUAAUCGUCAUCAAUCCUGGGACUUGGCCACCAACUAUGUCGAUGGCUGAACAGGUCAUAAAACCGCUCAGAGCAGGCAACAGAAUGAAUUCUACGAUCCAUCCCGGUCUCAACGAGUUAAUGCCACCACGGCGAGAUCGUUUUGAUAAACCCAAGCCUCAAGACUAUACCUUGGUGGUUCUUGGGAGAGAAGAGGGCUUAUUCCGUUGUCGUCGUCAAUUUGGACGCAAACAAGAAGCUAAUCUUAUGGGUGGAAGACAAGUGAGGGAGAAUGUGAACAGCCAACACGCGGCACGUUGCCCCUCAGGCUCCACCGGCAAUCGCGGUGAUUACAUCAUGGUUGACCAGAGUACCAAAGUGGUAGUCGGAUUGAUAGUGCCAGCGGGACGCUGACGUACAUACGGUCAUCGUAUGAACAUCGGAGGCUUCCUUUCUCUAUCGUUAUGGGGUCAGCUGGACAAAGUUUAUGGACUCCCCUAUCUGUGCAGG